UAAAUUAUAUAUAAGUGCUAUUGUUUCCAAAAAAAUAACCGUUAGUUGCGAUUUGUGUUGAAUAUGCGCUCGUGCAAUUUAUUAUCAAUAAGAAGCACACAUUGAAAAGAAGUGGAAAAAUAAAUAGUUGCCGCCACCAUGUCGUCGCGGCGUGCUCAAUCCUUACCGCCACAUAUGUUGGAUCAAAAGCCGACCCGUGGAAAAUGUAUAACGGCAAUUUGUUUCUCAUGGAAAGUGAUUUCAUGCGUGGUGUCGCACGUGAUUCUCGUACUGAUGGUGGUGUCGUAUUGUGUUGGAGGCGCUUACCUAUUCCAACAUCUGGAAAAGCCACACGAAAUCGAAGUUAAAAAAGAUAUUCAAAAUCUGCGUCUCAACUUGACCGAUAAAAUUUGGCGUUUCUCCGACAAUGCCUCAGUGCUGUCCGAAACUGAUUGGAUCAACAAUGUAAAGAAGGACUUAGCCGGUUUCGAAACACAAAUAGUGACCGCCAUAAAAACGAAUGGUUGGGAUGGCGAUGAGGACGUUACGAAGUCACAGUGGACAUUUGCGGGCUCACUUUUUUACUCUAUCAUCGUUAUCACCACUAUAGGCUAUGGACAUAUAUCACCGCGGACGGACUGGGGUAAAGUUACAACCAUUUUCUAUGCCAUUGUGGGCAUACCACUUAUGUUGCUAUGUCUGUCCAAUAUUGGAGAUGUAAUGGCCACUUCUUUUAGAUUCAUAUAUUGGCGAGUUUGUUGCUAUGUUUGCACACGCGCUGCGCGACGCCCACGCCGACCACGACAACGUUCUGGACGCGGCCAACGGUAUACUUCACGUUCACAGCCGCCACCCAUACGCCGUUCAAUGCGGCUCACCCAGCGCUCGAUGGCUGAUUCGGGUUUCGGCAAUUCUGCUGGGGUACCACAUGCAUACUCCGAUCCGGAUUUGCGUUCCGGGCGAUAUGAUUACGAAGGCGGACGUAAUAGCGGACGACGACAACAUUACAGCAGCCACUCACAACGCAGCCGCCAGUUACCACCUUAUCAAUAUGACCAGCAGUAUUACGAUGAGGGUCCACGGCAGACACAAACACUUAAUCGUGGCUCAAGGUUCGGACGCAGCCUGCGUAAUCGCGAAAGCAUGCGCGGUCGACACACGGUUGAGCGUGAGCGUUACCUAGGGCAUCCCAAACAGCGACCAGAUUCCUUUGAAGAUCUUAACGCGCCACAAGCAAAGCGCUCACACAGCAUGCGAUCGGUGCGCGGAUCAAGCGCACGUCGCGACAUUGGUCCAACACCGCACUCGUUACGGCAUGACGCACGUGAAGCACAUGAAUUACGCGAGGCGCCGCCACGCGAAUCGAGAGAAAUGCGCGAAAUCAAUAGAAUGAAUCCGCGCGCCAUGCAACGCGGUCGUUCAGUGCCGCAUGCGCCACCUGCGGCACGCGCGAAAUCCGUAGAUCCGCGCAUGCACUACGACGACGCCGUCGAUGAGGAAGUUGUGCGCAAGACGCCCAUCAUUCCCAAUCGCUAUGCAAUUGAUGAACUCGACCAUUAUCGCGAUCACCAUCGCGAGCCUCGCGGCAAGCACAUGCCGCGCAGUCAGUCAAUGCCCCGCUCGGCGCUGCAAAAAAAUGGUUAUAACAAAGAUCAACGUAGUAACGGUGUUAGUUCGUAUCAUUCGCAUCAGAAUCAGCCGCGUCACGCAUCUCCGCAGCCACCACAUCGCCAACACUCUGGACAUCACUCGCAUUAUGGCGAUCGCUUGGAAUUGCCCGAGUUCACUCACCCUCAAAUGAACCACACAAAACGCGGUCGCUCACCGGCGCCUAUCGAUGAUUACGACGAUGAAUACGAUGAUUACUAUUUAGAUGAUCGUGAUGUAUACUAUGAUGACUACGACAAUCGUGAAAUGGCGUAUCAACCCAGGCAUAGAGAUCGGCGGUAUCGUAGAGAACGUCCGGAACGCUUGCCGCCUUCACCGCGCAUCAUGUCUCCCAUGGGCUUCCCGGUAAAGCGUCAGGUACGUCCCCGCUACAGCUAUGAUUACGAUGACGACUCGAACUAUGGUGACGAUUGGAGUGACUACUACGGUGAUAUAUCGCCAAAGGAUCGCCCAGUGCCGAUCUGGCUUUGUGUAUUUUUGGUCAUCAGCUAUAUUUUGGGUGGCGCGGUACUUUUUGCUUACUGGGAGAAAUGGUCGUUUCUGGACUCUGCCUAUUUCUGUUUCAUAACUUUAACCACAAUCGGUUUUGGCGACUUCGUGCCCGCUAAGGGUGUGAAAGACGAAUCGGAGCAGUCCAUCGCUUACUGUUCGCUAUAUUUGCUCUUCGGCAUAGCGCUUCUGGCGAUGAGCUUCAACCUGGUGCAAGAAGAGUUCAUUUGCAAUGUCAAAGAGGUGGCGCGACGCUUGGGAAUUUUAAAGGAUGAAGAAGACGACGAUUAAAGUGUGACGAGAAAUUGUUUAUUUUUAUUUUGAUUUUCCGUUUUUGUUUUACAAAUCAGCAAAG